CCGCAAGACUGGCAUCGACAAGGCCGACGUGACUCCACACACACUUGCCCCCCGUUAUCUCAUCUGUGUCUGAUCCUUUUUUCUGUCCCACAGCAUGAAUCCCUUGACCCACCAGGGGAGGGGUGCUGGGGAAAGAGAGAAGGGAUUGCUUGCCCUCUCUGCUCCCGACACCUUUCCCCCUCUGGGCUUUGACCUUGGGGUUCCUCUCUCCUCGCGCUUUCUCUGAACAGAAACCGUGCUUGCCUUCUUGCCGCCAACAAUGGUCAUGGAAAUUGUAAUCGUCGGGGGCGGGCUGUGUGGUCUGGCCACAGGUAUCUCAGUAGCGCUUUCAGGACACCGAGUGACCAUCCUCGAGGCCUCCGAAGAGCAACAUGAAUUCGGCGCAGGGCUCCAGAGCUCCCCCAACGGAACGAGGCUUUACCAUCGCUGGGGCCUGCACGAUCUCCUCGAACCCAUCGCUACGGGUCCGCGUGUCCUUGAGAUUCGUAACUUCGACGGUUCUGUUCUCGCACGUCGACAAAAUUACGAUGAAGAGGUCAAUCAACGAUAUGGUCAUCCGCUGUGGACUCUACACCGCGUAGACCUGCAACAUGCCCUCGUUCAAAGAGCCAAAUCGCUCGGGGUCGAAAUCAAAUUCGCAUCGCGAGUUGUUCAUAUACACACAGCCAUUACCAGGCCCUCAGUCAGAGUUGAAAGCGGCGUCGAGUAUCGUGGAGACCUCGUAGUAGUGGCCGACGGCGUGUGGUCACAUUCAACGUCACAGGUACUCGGCCGUCCUGUUGCUCCUGAGCCAACUGGGGACAUUGCAUAUCGGAUCACACUCGACAGAGCCGUGGUUGAAGAGGAUGACGACUUGUUUACCUUCAUGAGCGAGCCACGCAUACAGAUAUGGCUGGGUUCCCGUGCACAUGCUGUUGCAUACUCGGUUCGGAACGGCACGCAGCUUAAUGUAGUUUUAUUGGUCAAGGAUGACUCUCAAGACUCGGAAAAUAUGCGUAAGGACGCAAGAAGUGCGGUCGACAUAGCAGAGGCCCGAAGUCUUUUCAACGAUUGGGAUCCCUUAUUGGCAAAGAUUCUGCAGAGGGCGCACCAAGUGACCAAAUGGAAGCUCAUGAACUUAUCGCCUCUACCCACAUGGCGCUCUACCGAAGGAUCCUGUGUCUUGGCUGGCGAUUGCUGCCAUGCUAUUUUGCCGUACAUGGCUCAAGGUCUGAAUAUGGGACUUGAAGAUGCAGCCGUUCUCGGAUCUCUCCUCAGCCAUGUCAAUUCAACGACUCAGCUUCCCAAGGCAACUGCGUUGUACGAACGUUUGAGGGUUUUGAGAACCACGCGGAUGCUAAAUGAGACACACAUUCAUGCGAAGAACUGGCACCAGGAAGAUCCCGAGCUUCAGGAGAAACGCAACAUUGACCUGGCACGCAGCUUUGAGGAACCUACAACAUGGACACAUCCUCAACAACAGCGGUGGAUCUGGUCUUAUGAUGCAUAUGAAGAAGCUGAGACGGCUUACCGUGCUGAGCCGUUUUAGUCCACCCCCCCCCCCCCCACCUCCAGGCCCUGACAGCCUCUGUGUGGCAGACAAGGCGGCAGAGCUCCGACAAGCGUCGCUUAUAGGGGCGGCUUUUUCCUUGUUCCUACGUCCUCCAUCCAUAUCCUAUGAUGUGAGCCCCCACCGCUCUUCCAUCACUACCGCAAUUCCUUAAAUAUUAUUCCUAUUUCUGUUCUCCUUGACAACUUUUAAAGACGCGAGGCUCCGGAUUUUGAGUAGUUGCCAAAUAAUUUUGUUCCUUUUCCAACCUCUCAACUUGCCUUUGACGUAUUUGUCGACACUGCGGAAACAUUAGGACAGCUUCCGUUCCAGAAGGCUCUUGCAUCCCACCGAAAUUGUUUGUUGUUUGUUCCUACAGGCAUGGAAUGUCCGGCAUCCACCCUACCGAGGCCAGUGAGGAAAGCACCCUAAUUAUUAGCUACUAAUAGUAUAGAGAGACAACUCUCGGGUGCGCAACAUUAUUCCUGGCUCGCAUCAAUCGAACAAACAACACCGGAUCCAGCAAUCCUAUACUUGCCGUACCUAGACUCCCAGUCCACUCUGCAUGGCGGCCCGGAUGAUUUUCUCGAUCAACGUUCAGAGACAUCACGAGGCGAUCC